AUGGCUGGAGCAGGUGGUCGUCCCAGCAAGAAGCCUCGACUUGUUCGACAUCCUGUCCCAGGUUCUGCUGGACAAUCCUCCCAGAACGUCCACCGCCAUCGAGUAUUCACAAUUCAACCUACCGGACAAAUCAACCUGGAGACAAGAUAUCUUGAUGCUGUCCUACCGGCGGACAACGUCUCAGAGACUCACGAUGUUGGCGCUGACUGCUGCGAGACUGAUCCCUGGAAUGAGACCUAUAUAUCUCUUGAUGCUGAACCUCAUGAGAUCUAUGUUCUGACUGAAAAACAAAAGCAGAUGGUUAAAAAUGUACCGCUUCAUCGAGUCAAGCAAUGGCAGGACGGAUAUUUUCACGCUACAACUUUAAAACACCUUGGCCUGUGCAUCCAAUUAGGAGAUCACACUGGCCAGUCCUGCCGCAAUCCCAAACCCGCACGAGAGGACAAUUUUGUUGUAAUCGACGUCCAUGGAAUACACGAGGUUGCGCUCGACUUCUGUAGCUGUGCGAAUGCACCAUCCCACUACAGACAACUUUUGCGUGGCCGCUUCUUUCCAUCAACUUCAACAGAUCCGAGGACUGCAGCAACAUUUGCAGUUCUCGAACAUUUCCACCUCCUUUCGUUCGAGUCUAAAGUGUCGGCUUACGAGUUUUAUCAUUGCCUUGCACGUCGAAGCGACAACACAGGCAUUAAGCCUAUCAAGGACCGCUACUCUGUCUUUUUAAGGAUCAUGAGACAGUGGCGGAAUCUCACAUCGUUGAAACGAUCAGGUCGCGGUCACGACCCUGCGGGAGUUGAUGCAACGCAACAAGGACAACUCGCAGUCCUGUGCCCUGCCUGUCCGCAGCUCGGAAAAAAUGUCCCUGAGGACUUAGCACAUGUCAGCUCAAAUGAACGAUGGCUUUACUCGCUAUUCUUGGCCAUUGACGCCAAUUUUCGCCUUAAGCGUCGUCUCGUGUCGAACGAUAUCAAGGACCCUGGGCUCAGUCCCGGAUGGGGGUAUUUUGUGGAAGAAGGACAGUACAAGACAUACCUUCGCGAUCAUGCAGAUGUCAGGCAAGAGAAGAGCAUGUGCGUUAGCCACAAUGCCAUCAACAUGGCGGAUACCAAGCUUGCCAAAGGGCUUGCGGCAACCGGCGUAGGCUCAGUCGUUUGUGCGCGGCACGACAUGCGGCUCGCAAGUGGCGUUGGAGAUUUGCAAAGAGGCGAAAAAUAUAUGAAUAUGGAUUACAUUGUAUUCUCCGCCCUGUCUGCUUUUGCGUUCACUCCCAUAGUCAACUUUUCCUAUGAUAUUGCCUGCCAGUGGCACAAAAAGCUCUGGCAGCGUGUCUCGACCCUUCCUUCGCAACUCCAACCCAAUCGCGCGCACACGGCCUUCAACUUCUUUGUGCCCAAGUUUCAUAUUGCUGCUCAUAUCGCCGCUUGCCAAACAAAUUUCUCCUUCAACUGGACACCAGGAGUCGGUCGAACAGACGGGGAAGCACCAGAACGUGGAUGGGCCGAUAUAAACCGCGUCACUGCAAGUACGAAGGAAAUGGGGCCUGGUAGUCGUCGCGAAGUUCUUGACGACCAUUUCGGCGAUUGGAACUGGAAGAAAGUGACUGCAUUUGGUCGUGUCUUACUCCGCAAGAUCAAGGAAGCCGUCAAAGCCAAAACAGAACAUCGCCAUGCCCUUACGGAGUUGGAAGAGUCCAUCACGCAAUCAGACUUAGGCGUUGCCUCACUCACAAAUUGGACAAACGAAGUAUUAGCAUGGGAGCUAGACCACUCGAAUCCGAAUCCGUUUGAGAGCAGGGUUACAGCCACAACGCAGGCGGCCGUUCGUCUAGAGCUACUAAUGCAAGAUGCGCAAGAUUUAGAGGACAGAUCUUCGGUUUCACUUCAUUCUGAUGUGACGCCGAGCAUUCUCAUCAGCACGGGUCUGGAUAUUGAGCAUACACAACGACGGCUUCGUGCAGAUAACGGGAGCUUAGGUCAACAUGCAACAAAUGAACAACAAACGAAGAUCCUAGCACGCAGCAAUAGUCUCCAACGUCGUAUUGAAGCAUGGACCAAGAUUCAAGUCUUAUACAUGCCAUCUGUCUCUCAACUCCGUGCUACUAAUGCUACCGGCCUCAACCAUACACCCAGUGAUGACGAAGAGAGCGGAUGUCCAAGGUCGAGGCCCAAUUCUCUACGCACCGUGCGAUCCAAACUGCUUCACAUAGAAUGGUCAUUGCGUUUUGCGCAGGCAAAUGACGCUCUGGACGAGUGCCAAUCCCAUAUACGCCUUCGCCAUCAGCUCUUGCGUUUCAAAAGCCAGCACCUACGUGGACAAUGUGCCAAUACUCGGGCGCGGAAGACCGUACAAGCUGUUGAUGACCGGCUAGUCCUCAGCCAUGAUAAAUAUUUGCGUGCGCGUAGCGCAUUGGUCUGCCUGUCGAGGCACAUUGAUCAUGUUGGGUGGGAUCGCGGCCUACAACCACUGAAGAAAACGGACCUCAGACCAAUAGGUGAUCUUGGGGGACAGACUCUGGGCACAGCAAUCAUGCCGUGGAUCUGGCUUACUCAUGGGAUCUCUUCGCAUGACAGCGAGGGGCUGCAAGACACACUCCGCGUCGAAUGGUGUAAGGCAAGGGCCCGACAUAACCGGUGGCAAGAAGAAAUACAGCUAUUACUGGUUGAGAUGCAGCGCGUGUUGGCGUUUCUCGCAUGGGAAGCCAGACAGUGGGACGAGCGAGCAACCCUUCGCAUGGUAGAGCGGUCAGAAUAUGCAGAAGGUCUGAUCGCAUAUGCAAACCGCCAGGCUGCUAUCCGUCGCGGCUUGUCUGCAAGCUUUUCGGAAAUGUGGAGGGAUGUGGGAGCCCUAGUAAGUGCGGGUUUGGAUUAUGGCACAGAAGGCGAGCAGGACGACGGACCUUCUAUUGACGGACCUUCUAUUGAUGAACCCCCACACGAAGAUCUCGAUGGGGUUGAUUAGUAGCUUCUGUACCUUCAUACAUAGUGACGUCUUCAAUGAAUCAACAUUUGGAUCUCAGAUUCUCAGAAAAUGCUCAAGUUGCUCAACUUAGACAUUGGCCGG